AUGGAGGGCAAGGACAGCACUCAAGACGAGAAGGCAGCGUCUGCAAUUCUGGCUGUGCGACUGGACGACGAGCUCAACGGACGCGCCGUUCAAGUGCGCGUGGUGCAAGGCGAGGAACCCGCUCACUUUUUGCACGUUUUCAAGGGCAAAAUGGUGACUUUCAUGGGCGGCAAAGCCAGUGGAUUCAAGAAUUUGCAAGACCACGACACGUACGACGUGGACGGCACUAGGCUGUUCCGCAUUCGCGGCACUUCCGAAUUUGAUGUCCGCGCAGAACAAGUGCCGGAAGUGACUGCGUCCCUGGCUUCCGAUGACGUCUUCCUCCUCGAGACUCCAACGGCCACUUACAUCUGGGCUGGAAAGGGUUCGUCCGAUGAAGAAAAGGCGAUGGCCACAAACAUUCGCUCGGUGGUUUCCCCGAACGCGGAGCCGCAAAUGGUUGCCGAGGGCGAAGAACCCGAAGGGUUCUUUGAUGCUCUGGGGGGCAAAGGAGACUACAAUGCCGACGUCGGGUUGCCCAGCAACCCACUUCUGGAACCACGUCUGUUCCACUGCCUACUCACUGCAGCAGGCAAACUUCGCGUUGAGGAAGUGGCAAACUUCGACCAAGAUGACUUGAUCGUCGAUGACACCAUGGUCCUGGAUACUGGGGCCGAGGUUUAUGUCUGGAUCGGCAACGGGGCGCUUCCUGAUGAAAAAGCCAAAGCCUUUUCAAUGGCUGAGCGGUUUAUGUGA